AUGUUAAAGCUUCAAGUGGUGCUAGUGCCUCCAAGCGCACUCAAGCAGGAGCGCAAGAGACUGACUCCUGCAAAUGGGAUCCAAAACUCUGUCAUCAAUUCAUCACCAAACUUCUUUAAUAGAGAAAUGGGAACAAGUACCCCAAAUAACAUCAACCUUAAUAACAACAAUUCACAGUUACUACCAAAUUCAAGCUUUUUGACAUUUGAACAACCACCAGCGUUGAGAAAAUUUCUGCACAUCACUAAAAAGGAAAAGAAUUUAUUAGAAGUGGCUCAUGAAAUCAGUGCUAGAUUCGAAAAAUUAUAUCCGGAUGAAAAUCCAUUGGAGAUAUUAAAGUUACAAGACUCUCAGGAAUGUGAUUUGGAUCCUGAUUAUAAAGUCGGUGAUGUGUUUGACUAUGAUAAUGUGGUAAGAGUCUUACUUACCAAUGAAAUUGAAGUAGAUGGGAUGACAUCUGGUGGUGAAGUUAUUCAAAAUAAUAAUAUUAAUAAUAAUGGAAAACGUCCAGCUUCUCAAAUAUUUUCAAGCAUAGUGUUACCAAAAAAGAGAUUCAAAGAUAAUCGUGAAUCGAUUUGGAAAGGUGAUAGGGAAUCUGCUGAGUCUCGCAGGUCAACCCCUUUAUCUAACCAAAUAUAUCCGAAUGACGAGGAUAAUAAGCCAUCACCUCAAAAAGAUGCUAACUUAUCAAUUAGAAAUGUGUCUAUAAAUGCAGAAGAUUCAACUGAGUUGUCACUACCACCUCCAGAAGAUGAUGAUACUAGAUAUCUGGAUCCUAAGAAAUCUAAAUCAACAGUUACUGCUUCACCAUUACCUCCAUCAUCUAAAAGAAUCACAUCAGGUAUGCUUGUUGCGCCUGAACCACAAUUGAGAGAUGCCGAAGAAGCUGUUCUUGAGGAGAAACAAAUCAACGAAGAGAUCACACAACGUAUUAUUCCCGUGAAGAGAUCCUUAGAAGAAAAGUCUUUGGGAAACAUUUCUCUUACACCAUCAAGAAAACCAUCUGAUGAUAAAUCAGCAGAACAAAAACCAUCUGAACCAGCUGCGUUGCCUUCAAAUGAACUACAGUUUCCGGGUGAAAAUCCAACACCAGCACAGCAGCCAAUAAAGAAAUCAGUUGAGAAGCAAGAUCCAAAACCACAGCCAGUGAAACCAGUUGCUAAUAACCAACCUUCAGCUAAAACAAGUGAAGAGGUCUCAAAGAUUCCACAAAAACCUAUUGGGGUCCCAUUCUCAAGUUCUCAUCCAUUGAAGAAAAUUACAGAUGAAUCCCUCCCUCCAUCUUCCCAAAUCACGAGAAAGUCAUCGGAUGAAUCAGUCAAGUCUCAAAAUACUUCAGCUUCAAACAUCAUUUCAAAUUCUGCCAACAUCACUAGUAAAGAUGGAUUUUCUGAUUCAGACGAAGAUUCAGACGAAGAAAGUGUCAAUGAGCCUGAGUUUACCAAAGAUGAAAUCAUCAAAAUCUUUAAAAGUGAAAGAGUUCCUGCAUCUGUUAAAAAGAAGUUUGCUAAGCAUGAUAGCAAGAGACCAAUUCCACCAAGACAAGUUAGAGCUGCUGCUUUGAAGGCUGCUGAAAAAAUGGCUAUUCCAAUCACUAGAUCCACCAGAUCAUCUGGGAGGUCAUCUGCUGUUACGUCAGAAAAAGCUAGUGAAGUUAGUGAAUUAAGCGAAACAACCGAAGAAGAAGAGGACGAAGAAGAGGAUGAUGACGAGGAAGAAGAUAAUGAAGAAGAUGGUGCUAAAGAAGAUGACGAAGAAGAGGAAGAUGAUUAUGAAGAAGAGGAAGAGGAUGAUGACAGCGAAGAUAAUCAAAAAGAAGAUGUUAAUCUGGGAGUGAACAACAAAUCACCAACAAACUCUCUACCACAGGCACCACCAGCUUCAGUUUCGGUUGAAGAAGGUGAAAGUAAAAGUGAACGUGAAAGUGAAAGUGAAAGUGGAAGUGAAGGUGAAAGUGAAAGUCAAAGUGAACCAUCAAAAGAGUCAAACCAACAACCUAAAGAAGCUACCGAGAAAGAAACGGCGAAAGAAGCUACGAAAGAAGCUGUACAGUCUAGUGAAUCGGAAAGCGUGGAUUAUGACACUGAUGAAGAGAGUGAAUCGGAGCAGACUAAUGAACCAGAGAAGGUUGAAACCACAAAAGAUUCUGAUGGUGAUGUUGAGAUGAAUGAUGUUGAUAAAUCAACCACCAAGCAUGUUCUGCCAGUCCCAUCAAAAGCUGCAGCACCAAAAGUUUCACAGCCUGCAAAGGUGACAGAAGUUACUCCAUCGAAAGUUGUUCCACCACCAAAAGCUUUACCAGUUACUCCAGCAAUUGAUACAUCACCUGUGGUAGAAGUUUCAGGAACAGAAGCGCAAUCAACGACAAAAGAUGACUUCGAUGUUCCGUUAUCUCAGGAUCCAGGAAAGAUAGUAUUCACUUCUACUCAAGUUGACCCUGCUUUCAAAGCUGCUGCUACACCCACUAUUGCAAAACCAACAUCCGAACCAAUACCAGUAAAGAAAACUGCAGCUUCUCCAAAGAAACAGAGAGCUCCAAAAGGUCCACCUCCAAAAGUCAACGUUGAUGAAUUAUUUCAAGAAUUUCCAACUGAAGAGGUUCCAGGUCUUGCUGAAGUUCUUGAACAAUUAAAAGACCCAAAUCUAUCAGACUUUGAUUUUAAUGAACUUUUAAAGGAAAGAAAAAGAUUACUUUACAAUGCAAAGAGACGCGCUAAGAGAAGAGAACAAAAUGAGACCAAAAAUAUCUCUAAAAGGGGAAGUUCCCAGCUUACUUCAUCAGUAUUACUGCCAUCAACCCAACCAGACCAAUCCAUGUCAUACUUUUCUCAAGAUUCUGUUGAUCAAAGUGCCACUAAAGCGAACACCAGCACUACAGCCAUCCUUGCUGCUUUGAGCCCAGGAGCUGAAGAAACUCGCAAACUGUAUGAAAAAGCAAAACGUGACUUGGAAUUGAAGAGACAAGAAGCUUUGAAAAGUGCCAAAAAAUUUGAUGAAGAAACUGCUGCUGCCAGAAGACUGAUAUCUCCUCGCAAUCAUUUAGCUGCACUUGUUUUACCAGGUGGUCGUGAUCCAAGGAGAGGUCAAGCAAAAUCUGAACAGUUUGUUAAGAGUUCAGAGUCGGACUCAAAUUCAGGUAGUGGCUCAGAUUCAGACUCAGAUUCAGACUCAGACUCAGAUAAAGAAGGCGAGGAUGAUGAUGACAAAACAAAAAAGCCACCGAGAAUUGUGAAUACUCCAAAAGGCUUUAGUCAACCGGUUACCAAAAACGAAAAUUUGAGAAAAUCAAUUGCUGCUAAUAAGCUCGUGGAAGUUCCAGAAGUUGCAUCAGCACCAGUGACUCCGACAAGCAAAGGUGCACAAUCUAUACCAUCCAAAGGUCCAACUGCUGCUAAAAAAGAAGCCCAGCCUGCUAAGAAACCAAAUUCUCGUUACUCUUUGAGUUCAUUGUCAGAGUUAGUUUCCCGUGGUGUUCCUGAUGUUUUGGACUCCUUGACCCCAAAAAGUUUAAGAUCAACCAAGCAAGCUCCCCAAAAGGAAGAAGAAUCAUCAAAAGAAGAAAGUGAUGACUCAAGUGACGAAGAUUCUGAUACUGAUGAAAGUAGUGGUGAAGAUGAGGAUGAUGAUAACGAAGAAGAUGAUGACAGCAGCAGUGACGAGGGACUUAAAAGUAGUCAAAAAUAUUUGAGUGCUAGAACGGCUAAAGGAAUGGUUGGUAGUCGAAAGAGAUCAACAAGAACUAGUAGUGCAUUUAAAGGUUUGAUGAAGGACGCCAAAAAGAAUUAA